AUGUCAGAGCCUCUCGCACCCCUCCAGCCGGAGGUCUUGGACGCUAUGAAAGCGAGUAUCAUCAGAGACAAGUCAGCCGAAGCAGCUGCACUCAAAGAAAAUGCCCCUCCAAAGUCUACACCUGCGAAAAAGACAACCCCAGCUUCUGGCAAGAAGCGCAAGGCUGAGCUGUCCCUUGAUGAAGAAGUCGCCGCGCACAAGGCAGACCUGAAUGACACAAUCGGCCACGCCACUUUUUGA